AUGCGAUUUCGUUGUGUGGACACAUCAGGUGGUGCACUUCAGUUUUCACCUAAAAGAACCUGCAAUAUUAUAGUUGCAACAGCAGUUCUGCAUAAUAUAUGCAUUGACAAUAAAGUCCCAGACCCAGUUGGAAGGGCCGUUAUUAAUGACGGAAACGACAAUGUGUAUCGUGGGACAUUGAAUGACGGAACAGAAAAUAUGGAUUCCGAAGACAAAAAAGCUUUUGAAGUCAAUGCCCGAGUUUUCUCUGGUGGUCUGAGUAAAGAACAGGUUAUCGAUUACUACAACAAAUGGGACGAUUACGAGGCACACCUGCAGCCUGGUAGGUACAAUGGACCAGCAUACGCUGCUGAAGCCGUUGACAGAAGCUUUCCAAGCAACAAAGAUACGAUUGAAAUCUUAGACGUGGCAGCAGGCACCGGUUUGGUAGGCGAGGAGUUGGUCAAGAAAGGUUUCAAGAGAUUCCACGCUUUGGAUCCAAGUGAAAACAUGCUCCGAAAAGCAAGGAUGAAAAAUAUAUAUGAGAAGUUUUUCUGCGAGUUUCUGUCUGUAGAGCCAUCCCCAAACAUCAGUAACGGUACAUAUCCAUGUGUUGUUUGUUCUGGAGGGUUUGGAAGUGGUCAUAUACCUUCAGAUGGGUUACUAGAAAUGAUCCGAAUCACAAAACCAGGUGGAAUGAUAAUUAUCGUGAUGAGGGAAGAAUACUUAAAUAUACCAGAGUACUGCAACAGCCUAGAACCUCUGAUGAAAAAAUAUGAAAAAGAAGGAUUGUGGGUGUGUGUAGAGAAAUCUAUUGUUCACAAGUAUUUCUGUGACAAAACUGGAAUCAUCUUCCGCUUCCAAGUAAAUCAAAAUUCUCAGUGAAGACCAGCACCAGGAAUGAACCUCUUACAGAUAAACUGAAAUU